AUGCCCUCCGGGCUGCCCCUGCGACUAACUAAGCCCAUCCAGCCUAUAAAAGCUGCCGCAAGAGGCCAAGGCCACAAGCCGCUCAGCUCAGGCCGGCCUACGCGUCUGCUCCUCUACCCUCCUGUGCUGGCUCCGGGCCCCAUGGCGCUGUGGUUGACCAUGGUCAUCGCUCUCACCUGCCUUGGCGGCCUCGCCUCCCCAGGCCCCGUGCCUCCCUCCACGAACCUCAGGGAGCUCAUCGAGGAGCUGGUCAACAUCACUCAGAACCAGAAGACGCCCCUCUGCAACGGCAGCAUGGUGUGGAGCCUCAACCUGACCUCGGGAGUGUACUGUGGGGCCCUGGAGUCCCUGACGAACGUGUCUGGCUGUGGCGCCAUCCAGAAGACCCAGCGGAUGCUGAGAGGCCUCUGCACGCACAAGCCCUCGGCUGGGCAGGUCCCCGGCUCGUACACCCGAGACACCAAGAUUGAAGUGGCCCAGUUCGUGAAGGACCUGCUCAGACAUUUAAGGAAACUUUUUCACCGUGGCAAGUUCAACUGA